GAUUCCCUAAAGCUGGAGUAACAAGCCCAGCUAACUGCCCCCAACACACACACACACACACACACACACACACACACACACACACACACACACACAUACAAAACCCGACUCCAGUCCUCUACAAGAGCAACAGUAAGUGCUCUUAACAGCUGAGGCAUCUUUCUAACUCCUAGAUUUGAGGGGUUUUGUUGUUGUUGUUGUUGUUUUGGACAAAGUUUCUCUGUGUAGCCUUGGCUGUCCUGGAACGUGCUCUGUAGACCAGGCUGACCUUGAACUCAGAGAGAUCCACCUGCAUCUGCCUCCCGAGGGAUUAAAGCCAUGUGCCACCACGGCCCAUCUUCAAUUUUUUUUUGAGAAAAAAACUUACACCUUUCAAAAACCUUUGCACCUUUCCUGGAACUCACUUGGUAGCCCAGGCUGGCCUCGAACUCACAGAGAUCCACCUGGCUCUGCCUCCCAAGUGCUGAGAUUAAAGGCAUGUGCCACCACCACCGCCCGGCCAAUUUGGCUUUUGAAAGACUAAAUAUUUCAUGUUAUGCUGCAGAUGCUAACGACCACACUGAACAGUGUGUCGAUCGAGGUCCUUGAGUCCUUGGAGACCUGCACUUCCAUGCUUCGUCCUGACUGUUCACCACAUUUGUACAAAGGGACAGUGGGCUGGACUCCUGAGGUUGCGGUAUGACGACAGCGCAGUGCUUAGAACAAUGUCUGUGCAGGUAGACAGACCCUCCAGGAUGAGAUGUCACCGUAUCGUGGCGUGAUCAGCACUAAACCAGAGCAGAAAGUGCCUCAUUUAAGGAACUACGUAUUCUGGGAACACGGCAGGAAGGCGCCUCCGACUCUGCUCACCAGAGCUCCGUGACUUGGACUUGCUCACUUACACGGGGUUUGCCCUGGAUAACAUCUCCGGUUCCUAAAUUGGUCCUACCUUCAGUUUCUGACAGUCUGCUCAGAUCUGGGCUGGAUUACCUGCCCAGGGUCUCCCCCCCACAUUCAGCUCACUUCAGGAGAGGUAAACAUCCUUAUGCUUCUGUAGUACUCAGAUUAAACCCAGGGCCUCUUGCACACUAGGCAAAUUCUCUACACACACACACACACACACACACACACACACACACACACACACACACACACCAUCCUCAGCCCAUUUCUUCACUUUUCAUUUCGAGAAAGGGUCUCACUAAAUUGACUAGGUUGGCCUUGAACUGGCAGGAUCCUCCUGCUUCAAUCUCUGGGAUUACAGGCCCACACCAGUACAAGGGGGCGGAACUGUUGUUUCCCUUAGUGUCCUCCUCAGACCCUUAGCUUUGUGCCGCCCUUCCCUGUAGCUACACCUGCCAUCUAGCAGCUGACCCACACAAAAGACUGUGUACUCUAGCUUGAGGUAAAACUCGUUGGCAAAAGGAAGAUGAAUGAGCACUUUCUCUUUGCAGAGGUUUUUGAAAUGUCCUGGUUCCUCUUGCUAUUCUUUUUUUUUUUUUUUUUUCUCUUCCAAAAAAAAUGGGUUUGGACAUUGGAGAAACUUGGUCACCUCCCUCUUGUUCCAUAGAGAAAGCUCCAUCGAUCUGGGGCACAGUUGCCAGCCCUCUGUCGCUCCUUCAGCCGAGGCCUGAACCCAGGUCUGUUCGGGAGUCCUCAGCGCCCUGGUCCCUUCCCGAUGCGGCUGGCCAUGCAGACCCCACUUUGGGGGACAGGACGAGCGGUCCACUCCAGCUUGCCCUGGCGCCUCUACCGAGCGGGGACCAAUGACCUUGACCUAGGAGGGUGCCCAAGGGCAAUGGGGUCCGCCCUGCAGGGAAGUCCACCGACUCGUCCCGAAACGUUCCUCAGCCUCCUCCUCCUCCUCCAGCGGAGCCGGGUGUCGUCAGCUGAAGCAUGGCGCUCCAGCUGCGCCCCCACAGUCACCUCUGCUCCCCUCCGCCUUCGCGCCCGCGUCCCCGGGGAGGGGUUUGCUCGGCGUCCGGGACACGGCCCGGUGGCAGCCGGUGCGCCCCAAACUCAGGGCGCAUCCCCCGCCGUCUGGGAGGCCCUGACACCGGGAGGGGAGCGGAGCCGCGGCUGCUCGGGGCUCCCAGCGUGCUCCCCGUGGAUCAGCCCCGACCCCAGGAGGACGCGGGAGGCUGGGGGUGGGGACAGGCCGAGGUCGCGAUCCUCCAGCCCCUUCCGCUGCCCCUCCUCUCGCCUUCCUCGCCCUCUCUUCCCGAGCGGGCCCCGGGCCUUUCACCUUCCAGCAGAGCCAUGAACUAGCGAUCGAGGCGGUUCCUCGCGCCCUGCGGGGCCUGGGGUGCGGCCUCGCGGGCCCCGGGGCCGGACGCCAUCCCAGGGGCGAGGCCUGCGGGCCACACUCCCGCCCGUCCGCCCGGCUUUAGGGCGAGUCCUGCCCGGGACUCUGCAGCGGCCCGGGACGGGGAGAGGGGGGCAGAGCCUCGCCUCUCCCAGGGAUGGAGGGGAUGGAGGCGGCAGCGAAGCUUGCGCGCCGCUCUCAGGCAUCCAGGUCAGGGAGCAGAACAACCAGCCCCAUGCACGUGACUCCAGCUGUGACCAGAAAUGGUCCUGAGCAACCGGACAGCGGACCUCUCCCAAGACCCACGCUCUGCCCCCAGGAAGACCGAAUGCCUAGCCUGAUGGCUCCCAAGCCUCCCAGUCCAUGGAAGUUACACCUCCAAGGCCCUUCUGUGCUAGAGUCCAAGGUGAAGGCCUUGAAGGAGAAAAUGUCUUCCAGGAAACAGGGGGCAAAUCCCUGUUCCACUUCCUAUGAGCAUCCAUCCCCCACAAAAUCCAAGUGCCACCAAGUCAAGCUCGAAGAAAUCUGGAGCCUACCCGAGGGCUCUCCUCCACCAGAUGCCCUGGUGGUCCCCCGUGCUCAGAACCAGAUCGAUGGGCAGCUGGACAGCAGUGUUAGUGAGAAGAAACCUGCCAGGAAUGGUAACUCCAAGUCAUCUACACCUGGCCUUGAGAACUGGAAUGGGCAAAGCCUGUGGUCUCCAGAAGCAGUGUGGAGGCUGACUGAUUCUGAGGGAGGCCCAGCACCAGGAUCUGGCUCUUUACAAGAGAGCCCCAACAACCAUGUUUCUGUGGGCCAGCUACAGGGUCCUGGUCCUUGUAAAACCACCCACUUGAGCAGCCUGAAGAAGAGAAGACCAUACCCACUUGGAGACGGUGUGGUCACAGAGGGAGAUCUGGACAACACAGCCCUAGCCUCCAAGGAGGACUUGGUGCCCAGAGCAGACCUGCCAGAGGCGCUCUGGAGAGCUGGUGGCCUCGAGGUGCUGCACCCUGGGGCAAAUGCUCUGUCCCUGUCUGACCAAGUGGAAAGGAACCGCCGCCUGGUGCAGGAGAUGCUGAAGAUUUCCAGACAGAGUCCUCCCAAGGAGGGAAGCCCGGACUGGACUCCGUCCUGGGACAGGGCUGCAUCAGAGCGACCAGCGGGAGCCGUGGACUGGGACCCGGGCACCCCCCUGCAGGACUCAGGUCAGAGCAGGACCUUCCUCCCCAAGCUGGAGCCUGUGCUGAGUGCCAGGUAUGAGGGAACCAAGCAUCUGACCCAGCCUGCUCGCAUGAAGGCCAGGACCCAACCGCUCCGAGCCAGCCAUGACAUUGUGCCCACCAUUGCUCAGGGCAGCCGAAAUGGCCCAAGAAGCCCAGCUCUGGAUGUCAGGAGCACCUCUGCCGACAGAGAGAGCCUCCAGAAUGGGAACCUGAGUGACUCCUCCAGUGUAGAGUCUGGCAAUGGGCAGUGGCCCAAGCAGGGAAUGCCCCUGUCUCAUGUCCGUUUUGAAGAUGAGUCUUCCCGCGAGGCUGAGUUCCGGUACUUGGAACGGCUCCAGCAGCGCCAGCGUCAGGUGUUACGCACAGUGCUUCAUGCCGUGGGCCAAGGACCCCUGCGCUCUAAGCCUGACCCAACCAACUACAUUCACCGUAACAUGGGGGACAUCUCAUUCCACAGGCCAGUGGGCUCCCCGGACCACAGUAACUUCUCUGCACCACUGUCUACAUGGGACAAUGAGAGGAAGUGUCCAGCCUGUGGCAGCUGUCUUGAGGAGCGUUGCCCUGCAGAGGGGAGAGCAGCCCCUGACCUAAGGGUCCUUCAGGGUCUCCAGGCAGCCUGUGAGGCAGAGGCAUUGCUGCCGGGGCCCUGUAAUUCCCACAGUGUGAGCUCCUCAUUCCCAGGGCUCCACACAGAAUGGAUCCGGGAAACACACAUCACAGACACUGUUGCCACACACCCUGAGGAGAGGGACUCUGCCCUGGCCAGCACCAACAGUUCAGACAGCUGGACAGACAGUCAGGAUGCCAGGACCUCUCGGCCCAGCAGGGCAGGCGGUCAGACCCAAGGCAGCAGCCCGGGACAGUGGCAGCAGGGCUCUAGACCUCAGGAAGGCCCCAGGUGGUCCCGAAAGGCUGAGGUGGAGCUGCCCUGGGGCCUUCAGGCCUGGUCUCACCUACAUGAGGUUGGUGAUGUGGUUGUAGGAGGGGAGGUAAAAGGAGCCACAAGACACAUACCCCAGGGGACUUUGUUUAUAAAGGAGGAUGCUGCGCCUGAACCUGCCUUGGAACCUAAGAGGCCUUGGUCCCAGGGGCAGCUUGGACCACGGUUAGGAAAUCACUGGGCCCACCCUGAGGACUCCUGGACUCCAUGCACGACAGCUUAUGCUGUGUCGUUUUCCAAGAAGCUUGGGUCCUCAGGCUCAGACCAACCAGAGCAAGUUACUGAAAGCCAUGAGUUGCUGGAAACCGUGUGCAGUUCUUCCCGCCAACAGAGCCAUGAAGAGCCCUCUGCACCUCACCCAGCCCUGCGACCAACUUUGCCCCUCUCCCUUGAAGGCUGGGUGCCGACCUCUCCCUCUUCAAAGAAAUCCCUCUGCCCGAUGCCUCCGAGAAAGUCAGCCUGGACUGGACAUCACAGGCCGGAACAUCAGGUGGAGCAUGUGGAUAUCCCCCUGCCUCUGUCUCCUCCGAGAACUUCGGUUCCCACCCCACCCCAGACCCAGCCCUACAGCCCCCGUGUCAAGCAUCCACUGCUGGACCUGUCCACCAGCAACUCCAACAGCAGUGUCUCUCUGGGGCUGCAGGAGCCUCGGGGAGCCGCUGUCCGCAAGCACAGAGCUGGCAAGGACCACAGCUGCCAGGAGCCCGGACUGCCCCUGGAGAGUGACGGAGAUGCCGGCGUCACCCUCUCCCUCACCUCAGAGGAGCCCGAGUGCAGCCUGGAGCUGGGAGGAGCCCUACACAGGACAGAAUCCAGCUCUGGAGGCCACAUGCCCAUUGGAGUAUCGCCUGAGGCCAGUGCAGGGCACAAGCCACCCUCAUCUGCCCAUUCUGAUGUGAACAAGAAAAGAAGGAGUAGUAUCACCUCCACCCUGGGGCUCAAAAAGCUCUUCUCGGCCCUGGGCCACACCCCCCGGCCCAGACUUGGCACAUCCCGAAGCUACAGUGUGGAACAGCUGCAGCCCUCAGCUCCCCAUACCAGUACCUCCAAAGUGAAGAGAGCCCCAUCAUUACAAAUCCUGCAUCUGGUGUCACCCUCUCACCAGCAUCGGAAAGCAACUUCCUUUCAGAACCUCCAUUCUCUGCUAGGUGGCAAGGGAGACCGGUCCAGCCUCUACCUGGUGGAGGGGUCAGGGGACCCCAGUACACCGAGCAGGCCGGCCAAGGCCUUUCCCCAUCAUGCCCUCAGUGUGGAAGACGUGGGUGCCCCUAGCCUGGCUCGCACCGUGGGCCGUGUGGUGGAGGUGUUCCCAGACGGCACGAGUCAGCUGCAGCUCCAACGACCCCCAGAGGGCACCUUUGGUUUCCGUGUGGCCUACGGCAAUGGCCGUCGGGAUUCAGGGCUCUACGUGCAGGCCAUGGCUGACCUGGAUACUGCCAAGCUGUACUCGGGGCUGCUUGGGGUGGGGGAUGAGAUCCUGGAGGUGAACGGGGCCAAGGUUGCUGGGCUGGGCUUGGCUCACAUCAAGGAGCUACUGGCUCAUGUGGAGAGCUUGUCAAUUCGUGUCUUGAGACAGAGGCCUGUUCCCCAGUGACCCAGGAGUACUGUUCCUCUCAUCGACACUCCCUGAGAAGCCCUGACCCCACAGGGAAGAAGGGGCUGGAAAUGCGCCAUUCAGAGAUAAUUUGUGGAUGGAAAGUACGGUUCACAGAUCAGGUUGUAGCAGAGCUGUUCUGAUCAGCACCUGCAGGAAGAGACGAAGAACCUGUGUGUAUGUUUCAGUUAAGGCCACUAAUUUAUGCAGAUCUGGGGAAAGAAAAUAAUGGUCUUCUUCCGUGACAGAAGUGGUAGGAUGUGUCCCUUUGUUGGAAGGAGAGGAGAGUGACUGACUAUAUCCUUGGGUUGGUCCCCUGAGAGCUGGGCCUCACCUCCUGGUCACACUCACUGAAAAGCCUCCCCAGCCCCCGGCACACCAGAGACAAAGUGGCCACAUUGGCCUUGUGCCCGUCUCUUUCAGCUGUGGCUUGCCUGGUUUCCAUGUGACUACUACACCUUUGCUCCUGAUCCAGAGGGGGUUCAGUGUCUUGGUACAGCAGACAGCCAAGAGCGCACAUUCCAAACCAAGCCCUGGGAAGGAUGGCCUGUUAAGAGUUCUGAGCCCCUUCUGGGUAUGUAAACAUCUGAGAGGUUCUGGGAGCCAGAAUGUUAAGAAUUUCUAGGAAGUUUUUCUGAUCAACACAAAGUUGGAAAAAAAACAAAAAAACAAAAAAACGAAACCACUGCCAUUGUUUUCAGUAAGUGUGGCCGUGGUACUAAGGGUGCAGAAGUGGAGGCCGGCCCAGCCAGCCCUUUGCCUCCACCCCUGCCUAGACCGGUUGUUGCAGCCUAGCCUGGCCUGGGGGCGGGGGUGGGGGGAGGGGGGGCUGGUCUUUGUUCUCUUGUCCAGCUCGGAGACAGGGCUGCAGCUGGUGUCUGGCUGUCCCCCAGCUGCAGGAUUCCUGUCCAGACCUCCCUGGUGGCAGCUGUGGGUGGGCAGCAGCCAGGGAGGCUGUGUACUGGGUUGGCCAUCCCACCUAGGCACAGCCUGCUCAGCUUAGAGCCUGCCCGAGGGUUCAGGUCUAGAUGCACGGGCAGGUGUCAGACUUAAAUUAUUAAAAUACAAAGCCGAAGCUGCUUCCACUGGA